AACAUAACAGUGAUAGAUAGCAGACGCAGGAGCAGUUCUUAAACCCUAAACCUUGGCGUGCGGUGCGGUGUGGCAAAGUGCAAAAAAUGGAGGAAGCAAGAGUUCAGAAGAACUUCCCGGUGAAGCCGAAGCUGAAAUCGAUGGCCAGAACCCCAAAGCAAACCCCUGAAUCGAAGUACUGGUCCUCCUUCAAGACCCAACAAAUCCCCAACCUCAUCUCCGUCCCCUCCCUCACCUUCUCCCCCACACCCCCUCACUCCUUCGCCGCCGCACACUCCGCCUCCCUCACUCUUUACAGCUCCCAGACCCUCUCCCCCGCUGCCACCAUCUCCUCCUUCUCCGACGCCGUCUCCUGCGCCUCCUUCCGCUCCGACUCCCGCCUCCUGGCCGCCUCCGACCUCUCCGGCCUUGUCCAGGUCUUCGACGUCAAAUCCCGCACCGCCCUCCGCCGCCUCAAGUCUCAUUUCCGCCCCGUCCGCUUCGUCCACUUCCCCCGCCUCGACAAGCUCCACCUCAUCUCUGCCGGCGACGACGCCCUCGUCAAGCUCUGGGACGUCGCCGAGGAGACCCCGGUCUCCGAGUUCCUCGGCCACAAGGACUAUGUCAGGUGCGGAGACUCCUCCCCUGUGAAUUCUGAAAUCUUCGUUACAGGCUCCUAUGACCAUGUCGUCAGGCUCUGGGAUGCUAGGGUUAGGGAUUCGAAAUCGUCGGUGCAGGUGAACCACGGCGCGCCCGUGGAGGAUGUUGUGUUCUUGCCGUCCGGAGGGAUGGUUGCGACGGCGGGUGGGAAUUCGGUUAAAAUUUGGGACUUGAUUGGUGGAGGGAAGCUUGUGUACUCCAUGGAGAGUCACAACAAGACUGUCACGUCGAUUUGUGUCGGGAGAAUUGGGAAGGAUUAUGGUGAAGAAUCAUCGAAUCAGUUUAGGAUUAUGAGUGUGGGGUUGGAUGGGUACUUGAAGGUGUUUGAUUAUGGAUCAUUGAAGGUUACACAUUCCAUGAGGUUCCCCGCGCCUCUUUUGUCGGUCGCCUACUCGCCAGAUUGUUCCACCAGGGUGAUUGGGACAUCCAAUGGAGUGAUCUAUGCUAGCAAGAGGAAGAUGAAGGAAAAAGAGAAGGAGGAGGAGGAGAGUGAGGCUAGCUUGGUUUGGAGAACUGCUCCUGUGGAGAAUACUGAGAAGAAAGCGGUGAGGCCUUCGCAUUUUAGGUAUUUUCAUAGAGGGCAGGGAACCAAACCGUCUGAGGGGGAUUUCUUGGUUAUGAAGCCCAAGAAGAAGAAGUGGGCUAAGCACGACACGCUGUUGAACAAGUUUGAGCAUGGAGAGGCUCUGGUGUCUGUGUUGGGAACUAUGAACCCCGGGCAUGUGGUGGCUGUGAUGGAGGAAUUGGUGGCUAGGAAGAAAUUUCUCAAGUGUGUCUCCAACUUGGAUGUGGAGAAGUUGGAACUGCUCUUGGAAUUCUUGCAUAAGUAUUGUACCAUGCCUAGAUAUUCUAGUUUGUUGAUGGGGUUCGCCAAGAAGGUUCUUGAAAUGAGGGCGGAUGAUAUUAGAGCUUCUGAUUCUGAAGCCAUCAAGAGUCAUAUCAUAAAUCUCAAGCGGGCUGUUGCCCAGGAGAUUCAGAUUCAACAGUCAUUGCAAGAGAUACAGGGUAUAAUUUCUCCUUUGUUGAAGAUUGCUGGAAGAUGAAAUUUUGGGCUUCUCAUCCAUGAGCUGGUUUUGUUAGGCUAUCCUCUUCCUCUUUUUUUUUUUUUUUUCUCUCUCUCUCUCUCUAAUUUUUAUUUAAGAAUGUAUGUGUUAUUCUUGUAAUUUGAUUCAAGCAAUGCCAGUUUCUCUAGAAUUUUUGUUGGCAACUGUGAUCCUUUGAAAGCACAGGGAAAUGCUUAUUGCCAAUUGUGUUUUAGGGAUUCUACUUACAACUUCAUCUAUGGUCUCAUUUGGCACUUAUAUAAUAUUUUAUUUUGUAUGACGGCCCUCUAAACAGGGGGAUCUUUUAGAAUGCUGUGUUUUCUUAUCCCGUUGGCAA